CUCUUUUCAGGAGGCUCAGUAAAAUGAACAGAAGCAGCUGUAACAGCACAUUUACAAAGGAGCUGUUAGCUCCUAUCUACGGUGUGGAGAUGUGUGUGGCACUGGUGGGGAACAUAGUGGCACUGUGGCUGCUUGUGAAUAAGGAGAAGAAGAAAUGGCAUAUGGGAGUGGUGUUCUCCUGCAACCUGAUCAUCAGCGACAUCUUUUAUGCCCUCACUCUCCCUCUUCUUAUUGACUACUAUUCACGAAGAGGGGACUGGAUAUUUGGUGAAGCUCUCUGCAAAAUAGAGCACUUUCUCUUCACCUGUAACCUCUACGUCAGCAUUUACUUCAUCAUGUGCAUCAGCGUUCAUCGAUACCUGGCUAUUGUUCAUCCUAUCUUCACACGCAAAUACAUUAGCCCAAAACAUGCUAAGAUCAUCAGCCUGUUCGUCUGGAUCUUUGUGGCAAGCAUUUCAUCCCCAAUCUUCUAUUAUUCAGGUCUGAAGCAGACCAGAUGUUACUUAUUUGCAAAGCUAGGCAAAUCAAACAUGUCUAACCCUAGGGUGUUUAUGGCUGCUUUGGGUUGUUUGGUCCCUUUUGUAGUUACGUUUGCAUCAUAUUUUGGUGUAAUAAUGGCUGUUUUUAAAAAUGCAAAUAUCACCCCACUGCAGAAGAAAAAAGUGGCCCUGAUUGUGGGUUUAGUCUGUGUCCUAUAUGCAGUGUCUUUUGUCCCCUAUCACAUUCUGCAAAUAUGGCACUUUAAACUGAGGCAAAAUAAUAAGACUAAUUGUUCUGUGCGUAAUGGAUACCAAGUGUCAAAGGCAUUAGCCUGCCUGAACAUGUGUCUUCAUCCCAUCCUGUACAUGGCUGUGUUUGACAGCAUCAGGGCAUUGUGCUGCAGAUGGAAAUCAAACUUAUCAAACGUAGAAAUCACAGGAGAACAAUCAUUUAAAGACCUUGAAUUAAAAUCCUAAGUCUGAGGUUUCACAACAUUUUGUUUUGAUUUGGAUGUAUGUUUGAGGUCAUUAUCCAGUUGAAAUUUUCAUCUCUGGCCAAAUCUUAUGCUUCUGCAUCUUA